GGAAAGGUUGAAAUCACAGAAGAAGGCAUUAAAUUACUUGAAAAAUUGACGAAAUCAUUGAAUUCUGCUAACACAACAAAUGGUGGAUGCCCCAUAGCUGAAAGUCCAAUGAAAGAAAACAUUUCAACGCCACAUGAUGGUAAAAGCAAUACAUCUAAUAAAAGGAAACGUGGAACGAAGCACAAUUGUGAAGGAGAUGAACAUUCUUCUCAAUCUGGUAUUACCGUUGGUACUUCUUCGUCAGUGCAUAUUCCUCCCUUUCAUACUGAACAGCCGAUAACAUCUGUAAAACAACCCACCAGUGUCAGGUUUCUCGAUGCUUUUGAAUAUGGGGAGGAAUGGCUUCCUGGCUUGUUGAAACCAACGAACUUGAAGAACUUCAUCAGGCUUUAUUAUCACUGAGGGAGAGAUGCAUAAGUCAUCCCUCACUCUGAGAGGAAAUGCAUCGAAACAAUAGUGAUGAAUUAUCCGGUGCUGGCGUUUAACACGGCACAACGCUAUUUGGUCGCAGCGACAGCCGCAUCAACGAAGGCAGUACUCUACGGAGAAACGAGUUUAUUUUUUUCAAGUUGUUUUUGAGAAUUUCUAAAAGAAAACUGUGAUCAUAUACUUGACACUAUCCUACUUAUGUGUUUAGAAAGAAGUAGUUAUCAGUCUUUCCUUGCCGUGGUAACUUGGUGUCUUUAUUCUCUUUUUUUCAUUCGAUUAGGUAAUCUUUGGCUUUAACCUCGUCCCUUUGGAUAUAGUGUAAUUUUGCUUGUCUCUUGUUUCCAUGGUUUGGGUUGAACUCAGUACAUUGUUACUCCCAAUUUAUAAGUUGCUAACCUCCUGUCUUUAUUAUGUAACUCCUUUACCAUUGGAUGCAUGCAUUUACUUUGUUUAAACUUGAAGUCCCUCUGUAAAAACUAUGUAAGUGUAAUUUUCUGAGCACUAUUCACUACGUCUAGACCCUCCUGCCAACCGACAUCACGUAAAAUUUCGCAAGUAUGUUCGAAAUUUUCUGUACAUGAACUUAAUAAUUAACUUAGGCUGUUUGCAGCUGAUGAGAAAGCAACGAAAUGGUGCCACUUUAUUCUGCAAAAAC